AUGCUUACGCCGCGCGAGGAGCAGGAGAUGGCCGAGGUGCUCGAGUCGGAGUGCGCCGUCGAGAUGGACAAGCUUGCGACCCUGUGUCGACUUGGCAUCCCCGAGCGGCUGCGCGCCGAGGCGUGGAAGUACCUGCUCGGCGUGACACGGCCCGAGAAGGCGCAGGAGCUAUCGCUCGGCAAGCUGAUGGAGCAGCGCUACCUCCGGCUCGAGCGGGCGUGGCAGAGCGAUCCGCAGCUCGAGCUCACGCGGCGGAUCAAGGCGGAGGUCCGUGGGCACCACGCCGCUGCGCCUCAUCUCCGCAGCCGGCAGCGGCUCGAGCGGCUGCUGCGCACCUACCUCCACUGCCACGCCGCGGACUACACCUCCGGCAUGCUUCACCUGCUCGCGCCGUUUGAGCACGUGUACCGCGACUCGGACACGGACGCUUACUUUGGGUUCGAGGGGCUGAUGGGCCAGCUGAGCUGGGCGCUCACCUUUGAGGGGCGCAAGCAGAUGGCGGUCGCCCUGCUCACGCUGCUGCGCCACCUGCUACCCGAGCUGUACGCCCACCUCGAGGCGGAGGAGCGCCUCACCACCGGCACGAGAGCAGCCGAGACUGGCAGCCCGGCUGGCGGCGGCGGCUGGCUCGACUCUUGGCUCUCGCUGCUCCUGUCCAAGGAGCUGCCGCUGCCGUGCGUGCUCCGCCUGUGGGACGCGUACUUUUCGGCGCCGCCGGAGGGGUCGCUGCAGGAGCUGCACACCUUCGUCUGCCUCGCCGUCCUCGAGACGUGCCAGGACGAGCUACUCGAGCUGGACGGCGACGAGGAGCUGCCGCAGUACCUGCAGCACCUCCCCGCGAUGGACAUGGGCAGGGUGGUCACCUCGGCGCUCAACAUGCGGGACGACUGCCUGGCGAGAGGCCUGUGCGGCAGCGGGGGGACGCGCGGCGCCCUGUGA